UUUGCAGUCGUGGAGGUGACUGAAGGCAACACGACCACAAUUGAAGGGAGAAUUAUAGAGGAUGCUGAAGCACCAACUCCUCCAAACCCCUCUGGCCAGUGUCCCAUCUGUCGCUGGAACCUGAAGCAUAAAUAUGAUUAUGUGGACGUCUUGCUGCUGAGUCAGUUUAUCCGUUCUGAUGGAGGGAUGCUGCCACGAAGGGUCACAGGCCUCUGUUUGGAGGAGCACAAGAAGAUUGCUGUCUGUGUGCAGAUGGCUCACCGUGCAGGUUUGUUGCCAAACCACAGGCCUCCACUUCCUGAAGGGCAUGUUUCUAAGAAACCCAAGCUCAACAGGUGA